AUGGCCUUGGUGUCGGGUCCCGGCAGAGCCGGAGGCAACCUGUCCAGCCAAGACCUGUGUACUGCGAAACAUGUGGCUUACAUCCAGAAACUGGACACUAGGAAGGACGAACUGGAAUAUUGGCUAACGGAGCACCUGCGACUCAAUGGCGUGUACUGGGGCCUGACGGCUCUGCAUCUCCUGGGCCAACCCGAUGCACUGCCUCGGCAGGAGACCAUUGACUUUGUGCUGUCUUGCCAGCAUGAUAAUGGCGGCUUCGGCGCUGCGCCGGGCCAUGAUCCACACAUGCUCUACACCGUCUCUGCGGUGCAGGUUCUGGUGAUGGUGGACGCGGUGCACGAGCUCGAGAAGAGUGACCGAGGGGGCAAGGAGAAGGUCGGAUCGUUCAUUGCAAAUCUGCAAGAUCGGGAAACAGGCUCUUUCAUGGGCGACGAGUGGGGCGAGACCGAUACCCGCUUUCUCUACGGCGCGCUCAAUGCGCUGUCGCUCCUGGGUCUCUUGAAUCUGGUCGAUGUGCCCAAGGCCGUGGCCUAUGUCCAAAGCUGCGAGAAUUUGGACGGUGCCUACGGAGUCCGCCCUGGCGCCGAGUCUCACUCUGGCCAGGUGUUCACCUGCGUGGCCGCAUUGGCUAUUGCAGGGCGCUUGGAUCUGGUGAACAAGGACCGGUUAGGGACGUGGCUAUGUGAACGCCAGGUCGACCCAGGGGGCCUCAAUGGCCGUCCCGAAAAGGUCGAGGAUGCUUGCUACAGCUGGUGGGUUGGAUCCAGCCUGGCUAUGAUUGAUCGACUUCACUGGAUCGAUGGCAACAAGCUGGCUGCCUUUAUCCUGAAAUGCCAGGAUCCCGAGGCAGGGGGGUUUGCCGACCGACCAGGCAACAUGGUGGAUGUUUACCACACUCAUUUUGCCAUCGCUGGAUUGAGUCUGCUGAACUAUGCGGGCAUCCAGGAAGUAGAUCCCAUUUAG